AUGAGUUAUUAUCAUUACAACGAUAGACAUCGUCAUCGUCAUACGGAACAGUUGCCUAGAGGAGGCGGCGGUAAAAAAAUCCCAGACAGGUGGUUAAAGUAUGACGCCAUAGGAGAUAACGUCACCGGAACAAGGUUUUUACCUUUCAAGACACCCCUACAUUCCCACAUAUGCAAAAAUUCUAACCUACGGGAGAAAUCGUUCGAUAUUGAAAUACUACUACAACAUGCUAGGGAAUCAGGGAAAUCUAUUGGGUUGGUCAUCGAUCUCACAAAUACCGAUAAGUACUAUAACUCAUCUGAUUGGUCAAGAAAUGGAAUAGACUACAUAAAAAUUCGUUGCCCGGGGCACGAAGUUCAUGAACGUGAGGAUGUUGUUCAACAUUUCAACCGAAUAGUUGACGAUUAUGUCAGAUCUCACAAUGAUGAUUCUUUAAUAGGAGUUCAUUGCACACAUGGUCUUAACCGAACAGGCUAUUUAAUUUGUCGGUACCUAGUGGAACGUGAAAAAUGGUCUGCACAACAGGCUAUAGAUGCUUUCGAAUAUGCCCGGGGUUACCCCAUCGAACGAGGGCAAUACAAAACGAAGUUAGCAGCAGUGGAGAACCGAUUAGCGCAGACGGCGGCUCGAACAGAAGUAAUGGAAUCCGAUUCUGUGCACGUCGGUGCAACCCUUCAGGAGAAAACACUGACGGAGAAAACGUCGCAGAGCAAAGUGAAAAAUCAGAAAGAUGAGGACAAAACUGUAUGA